AACAGUUGGAUGCUUGGCCUGGCCAUGGGGCUCACUUGGGGACAGUCUAGGCUGCUGAUGCCACCGUUGCUACUGCUGAGCUGCCUGCAGCUGGGAACAGGCCUGGCCUCUUCUCUCUGACACUCACUGUUCCCAGAGCACAUCAGCUAUGUGCCCCAGCUCUCAAGUGCCACUCUGGCGGGGAGAGUCACCCAGUCCACCUUCACGCUGGAGCAGCCGUGGGGCCAGUUCAACGACCUGAACAUCUCCAACUUCGACCCUAUCUGGCUGGUGGUGGCCCAUAGCAAUGCCUUCCAGAACUUCACUGCCCCGCAGAAUACGGAGGACAUCCCAGUCCCUGCCAACUUCUCCCAGAUGGGCUACUACCUCACACUGGAGGCCAACCGGGCGCUCUAUCAAGGUGGUCAGCCUGGCAACCAGCUCCGGCUCCUCCGUGUUGGCAAUGACACCAGCUGCUCACCAACCACAAGGGGCUGCAACCACCCCCUGCCAGGCCCGGGCCCCUACCGAGUAAAGUUCCUGGUGAUGAGCAACAGAGGACCCGUGGCUGAGACAGAGUGGUCCAAUGACACCCACCUGCAGCAGGCUGAGGCCCUCCAGGCCACCCCAGGGCCCCAGAGCGCAGGCACAGUCGUCAUCAUUGUCAUCCUGGCCGUCCUGCUGGCUGUCCUCUUCACCGCCCUCCUCACCUUGCUCAUCUACACCUGCUAUGACACCUGUGGGAGCACCUCCAUCUCGGGACCAAGGGAGUCGGUGUGCAUGAGAAGAUACAAACCCCACCACGUGUUCAGCUGUCCUCCAGCUGCGGGCGGCUCCUGA